AUGAUUGGUCUCAUGGUCGCCCAUACUGCACUUAUUCCUGUAAUCUCUAAUAACGACUUCCCCACCCAUGGUUGGGUCUCGGACUGGGGCUUCAAUGAUCAUGCUGGUUGGGGUUUAACCUUGGAUGCGCACAAAGUAAUUUUUCGUAUCUGUGACAAUUCCAGAAAAAUGAUGCAAGCUGUUCUUUCCACUUACAUGCCGAAGUACACCAUCCCCCCCAAUUUCUCGCUAGGUUGGUUAGCCAAUCGCUUCCCUACAGAGGUGGCAUUAGCCAAAAACGUUGCAGAGGCCCGAUGUCUUGUAUUGGAUCAGUACGGCUUCAUAGCCUUUAACGUCAAAAGAGAUCCCACAUGGAGAACAUGCGCGAGAUUAUCAACCUUAAAGGAUAUGAUAGUCAACACUGGCCUCAUGGAAUGUGCAUAUCAAGGAUGCAUAGUAAACCUAAAGGAGGUCGAAUUGUCGGAGAUGAUUAUGCUCGUUGAGGACAAAGUCCCAUUGCAUUAUCAGUGGUUUCCUAUGGAUGACAUGCAACACGCUGAUGAUGGUCUGACAAUUGAUGUGGAGGACAUACAACACUCCGACCCUGAUCCUGACAGUCCCACAGUUAUUGAUGUAGACACAUUAUCUGACUAUUCUUCUGACGAUGAAUGGGAACCGACGGAGCUUGGAGUCCAGGAGAUGUCGCUGUCGGGAGUGAUGCUAGGUGUUGCUACUACGGCAUUAUUACUGCAACAAUUCAACAAGAACCUCAUGAUCGAGUGCCGCAAUAAGAAGAUAUUACUAUUACCUCCUGUUCCCCUGUGGCAUCCCAGCUACGAGAAGAUGUGUCUGCACCUUGCUUGCCCCCCCAGCAGUGCCUUUUUCUAUGUGGAUGCCCGAUAA